CACAGACUCUGGAAUCUUGAUAACUCGCUCUAUAUCACGGACCUUCCGUUUUGCUUUCAGACCAGUGAUUCUUCGCCGGAGAUUUUACCGUCAACUCGCCGGAAAAUGAUUUUAAUCCGUUUCCAGUGACAAGUAAAAUGAGAGAAGAACGGGGUCCGAGACCUGUAGAAACGGGCCCGACGAAGUCGCCGGAUUUCUCACUCGACAAGCCCACACUCCGGCAAGUAAUUCUCCUAAUUUCUUCUUUGAUAUCUCUUUCUCAUUCCGUUAAAGUAUUUGCUUCCAAAUGGAAAUUAAUCCGCGACAAGCUUGAAGAAUUGAAUUCCGGCUUAAUCGCGGCUGAUAACUGUGAUUCCGAUGAAAAUCCCGCAAUCUCUGACCUAAUUCGUAAGGUGAUUGAGACAGCUACUGAAUGCCGCGAUCUCGCUUGCCGCUGUGUUGAUCUUUCUUUCAGUGGGAAGCUUUUGAUGCAAAGUGAUUUGGAUGUUAUCUGUGCGAAAUUUGACCGCCAUGCGAAGAAGCUUUCGGACAUUUAUACAGCAGGCAUUUUGUCGCAAGGGUUCGCCAUCGUCGUUUCUAGGCCUGGUCUUGGAGCUUGUAAGGAUGAUAUGAGAUUUUAUGUGAGGGAUAUUGUAACGAGAAUGAAGAUUGGUUGUUCAGAUCUGAAGAGGCAAGCCCUCGUUAAUCUUCUCGCUGCUGUAACUGAAGACGAAAAGUAUGUGAAACUAAUAAUAGAAAUCGGCGAGAUAGUGAAUCUCCUUGUUAAUUUUCUUGGCUCUCCCGAGACAGAACUCCAAGAAGCGGCUUUGAAAGUUCUUCAUAAAAUCUCUGGGUUUGAUUCUUAUAAACCAGUUCUAGUUGGAAAUGGGGUAAUUGCGCCAUUGAUUCGGGUCUUGGAAAGUGGGAGCGAGGAGGGGAAGAACAUAGCCACAAGGUGUUUGAUGAAAUUCACGGAGAAUUCUGGAAAUGCUUGGUCUGUAUCUGCUCAUGGCGGAGUAACAGCUCUGUUAAAAAUCUGUUCCAAUGCUGAUUCCAAAGCAGAAUUGAUCAGCCCUGCUUGUGGGGUGCUCAGCAAUCUCGUUGGUGUUGAAGAGAUCAAGAGAUUUAUGAUUGAAGAAGGUGCAAUUUCAACGUUUAUUAGGCUCGCUCGAUCUAAAGAUGAAGCUGUGCAGAUAAACUCUAUUGUUUUUCUCCAAAAUAUAGCUUAUGGGGAUGAAUCAGUCAACAAAUUCCUGGUUAAAGACGGUGGAAUUCGGGCCUUAGUUCGCGUUUUGGAUCCAAAAUCUUCGUCCUCAACCAAAACUCUAGAGGUAGCGAUGCGAGCAAUUGAAAACCUCUGUUUCUCAUCAAUUAGUUAUGUAAAUAUUUUGAUGAACUACGGGUUCAUGGAUAAUCUUCUUUAUUUCUUACGAAAUGGGGAAGUUUCUCUUCAAGAAGUUGCUCUGAAAGUUGCAGCUAGGCUAUGUGGGACAUCAGACGAAGUCAAGAAAGCAAUGGGGGAUGGAGGUUUCAUGCCAGAAUUCGUCAAGUUUCUUGGUGCAAAAUCAUUUGAAGUUCGAGAAAUGGCAGCCGAGGCACUCUCAGAAUUGGUCAUGAUCCCCAAAAACAGGAAGAGAUUUUCUCAGGACAAUCGAAACGUAGAGAUGCUUCUGCAAAUGCUGGACACAGAGGAGGGAAAUUCAGGUAACAAAAGGUUCCUCUUUUCCAUAUUAAACUCAUUAACAGGAAGCAGUAGUGGUAGAAGGAAGAUUGUGAAUUCUGGGUAUAUGAAAAACAUUGAGAAACUUGCAGAAGCUGAAGUUUACGACGCUAAGAAGCUCGUCAGAAAAUUGUCCACAAACAAAUUCCGUAGUAUGUUGAAUGGAAUCUGGCAUUCUUGAAUGUAAUAUCCUCCUCCUCUUCUUCUUCUUCUUACAUGAUUUUGUUUAUUCAAUCCAUACCUGAUUUGAUUCCCAAAAACUUUCGUCUCUGAUCUUUCCCAGUUCAUUCAAAAACUUACCUUUCAAGAAACAGCUUCAUAAGAGUGUGAUUAGAAAGCUCUAAUUUAAUCAUCUCCAACCACCCACAUAAACUUUUGUAUUAUAGCCCUGAGAUUGAGAGAGAAUACAUUAAAUCAGUGUAAUUGAUGAUGGGUGAGAGGCACAUGGGGGAGAAGAAAAGACACUGAAAACAACAGCGGAGUAUGAGCAGUUUUAAUCAAGCUUCUGCCCAUAUCUGCCAUUUUCGGACAUCGGCACUGAGAAGACAGUGAUGGAUGAAGUGAAGAUGCAGUGAAUCUAUUGUAUUUUCCCUUUCUAUAUCCCGUUUGUUGUGGCAGGCAAACCCAGUUUCUUGAUAUCAAUAAAACAUUGAUGUAAACACCAAAUGAAUGAUUGUUCAUAAUCUUGAACAAGGUUUAAGCUCGCAAUGAAUGUAAGCACUUGUUA